CGCAAAAGUCGAAGUCUGUGGAAAGCUGUCCGAUGACCAGGAUCAAGGACUGUUGGUUAUCAAUUGUUCACAGAUUAGACUACUCCAUAACGAGGGUGUUAUGCAGAAGAAUUAACAUUAAUGCCUUGUCGAAGUGUUUGCAACGUUUGCUGCUUUCUAUUCAAACAGUCUAUCAAGAAGAUCACAGAUGUCUCGUUGCGAUCACAGAAGACUUGCUUUAUGUUGAGGACAGCUAACGUUUGGAGCGGAUGAAAGAAAGGGACAUGCAUUUCCAGACAACCUUAUAAGAAUUACAGCUUUCUAAAUGCGUCUGAUCGAGCAGCCAAGAACAAUGAGCAGUGGUUCUAGCAACUUUCUGCUAGUCCCUAUACCGGAGUACCCUGCACUGGAUUGCGUACCAAACAAACAAGUUAAAAUAGUCGUUCUUGGUGCAAACAAUGUUGGAAAAACGGCUCUGAUUGUAAGAUUUCUUACAAAGAGGUUCAUAGGAGACUAUGAAGCCAACACAGGUGCCUUGUAUUCAAGGAAGAUUAAUUUGGACGGGGAGCAAGUUUCCUUACAAGUGCAGGACACUCCGUGUGUCUCACUGCAGGAUGAUGCAGAGGGUCUGUAUUGUCAGGAGCAGAUCAACCGCUCUAUUUACUGGGCCGAUGGGUAUGUGCUCGUCUUCUCCAUCACUGACCUCAACAGCUAUCGCACCAUCCAGCCGUUAUACCAACACGUGCGUCGUAUCCACCCCAGUGGCAACAUCCCUGUCAUCAUUGUGGGAAACAAAUGCGACCUGCUGCGUGCUCGACAGGUCCCGGCUCACGAGGGUAAGGAGCUGGCUGAUGAAUUGGGAGAACCCUACUUCGAGGCUUCGGCCAGCGAGAACCACGAGAGCGUUCAGGAUGCUUUUCUGCAUCUGUGUCAGGAGGUGAGCCGGGCGCUGGGAGGAGGAAAUGGGGAGAAGAGAAAAGGAGGCUUACACCUUGCCAGGCCAAAGAGCCCAAACAUGCAAGAGUUGAAGAGAAGAUUUCGUCAAGUGCUGUCUUCAAGGGUGAAGUCGACUACUGCACUAUGAAUUACAGUUUUGUGACAAAUAUGGUGGAAGAGGACUUGGAAAAAGCUAUAAGAACAUUGUGUUGCACAAGCAUUUUGAAAAAUACAAGUCAAAACAUUGAAUCUUGCCAGCUACAAGGACUCAUACAAGAUGAAUAGUGAGAUGUGUCCCACCUCUUUUCUGGGUGGAGUGUAAUAUUGGACUCUUGGCACUUCAAUAAAGCCUGUUUUUGAUUAUUAGUUUCAGCUGCUAUCAUUUACUCAAUUUGUCUUUUGUUUUACAGUAUUACGAUACAUUUUUAUACUGUAUAUGACAUUACUUAAUCAAGUCUGCGUGAAUUAGAACUUGAAAAUGUAAUAGUCUUGCUUUUGCUGUCAGCCUACUUUAUCAGUUAAAUGUGAAGCAAGAGUUUGUCUUCAACCAAAGGAGAUUAUAUUACAUUGAAAGUAACAAAAUUAAACAAGCAUACUGUACUGUAAGCAGUCAAUUCUCAUACUCAAAUGUCUAAAAUGUUCUUCCAGUAUACCAUUUCUUGACAGUGAGAGUCAUUAUGUAGCUAUGUUGUUUUUAUAAUCAUAUUGAAGGAAGAGAAUCAUGUGGUUCCCAUGACAUUUGACCUACUUAUGCUGUGUCAAACAGCUUGGUUUUACUGUGAAGGUUUGUAGUGUGUCCUUCGUUUGUCCCGUCCAGAUGUCUCAUUCGCCCACUCAAAUAGACGUUUGUUUAUCUUGCAGCUUAGAUGAAGUUGCAUUCCUCUGAAGCAGGUUUAGGGAUUCUUGAACUAAACCAUGGGUCUGUACUCAGUGAGCAUUGACCUCUGACCUUUUUUGUUUAAUAUGUUACUUUUCUUUUCUUUAACAACAGCCUAAUGAAAAACUGAUGAAUAGGAAUAUGACCAGCUUUCUGUAUAGGUAUAUGUUAUUGUCAAUUUUUAUAUACUUUGACAAAGUAAAAGAUAUGUUUGUGGUAACAGUGUA